AAGUGCUCUGGUCUGAGACCGAAUUAUAUGCCACAUACUACCGCUAGAUGGCAGCACUGUUUGUUUAUAACAUGGACGACGAUGUCAAUAACGCAACAUCUGAAGUCGAAACCUUUAGGAUAAACGCUCAAGUGGAGGACGUAACUGAGCAGAUUAUAGAUAGGGAACCUGGGACGGCAUGGGAGCCAAUAUGUUUCGCGGCAGUAGAGAAUUUGUGUGUCUAUGAUGAGAAUGGUUAUCGCAUUAGAAUGGGCGAUGUCUACAUGAAGCAGAAAACUAUACUCAUCUUUGUCAGGCAUUUUCUGUGCUUUAUCUGUAAAGACUACGUGGCAGACUUGGCAAGAGUUCAGGAGAGAUAUCUCAAGGAGGCAGGGGUGCAGCUCGUUGUGAUAGGCCAUGCACCACACAAGUAUAUAAAACCAUUCCGUGAGCUUACUGGCUUACAUCAUCUGCUCUACUGUGACCCUGAGAGGAAAGUCUAUCAUGAGCUGCAGCUGCGAUCGGCAGAGUUGGUGCAGAAGAAGAGCCCUCACGUGAGAUCGAGUACAGUGCUUGGAAUUCUGAACAGCACAUGGCGAGCCAUGCAGUGUAUGGAGUGGCAGGGAAAUAUAGACCAACAGGGUGGUGCAUUUGUCGUGGGACCUGGUAAUAACGUGCACUAUGCACACAUAGACUAUGGGGCCACAGAUCAUGCUCCCAUCAAUGAGGUCCUCAUGGCAGCAGAUGUGAAGACCAUGGACUUCACCCGGGCUCAGGUCAUCCACAUUUAGCGAGACGAUGGAUAUGACGUGUCAGUUGAUGAGUGCUGGUUAAUGGAUCGUAUACUGACACGACGGUUUAAAUUCGACGUUGAUGUGCCAGAGUGGGCGUUCAGGAAGUGCUCUGAGGGCUGUGUUGGAUUGCAGUACUUAAUGCUGUGAAUUUACAAUGUUCAGUGCCAGAGUGGGUGUGUAUGUCAUCCAUAUGUAACAACAUUUCUGAUCAAUGGCACAGACAACAUUACGGCAAAAUUCUGCAGUAUUUAUAACUGAUGUUGUAUGUAAUAUCACAACAAUCACAUGAAUAACACCUUCGCAUUAUAACUUAUGUGUUGUGCAUACUUCUGCACAAUUUUGCAGCAUUUAUGGGGAUUGCACUUACUGAUUUCUAUGCUUUCUCUCCUAAAUUCAUUAUUGAUCCUUGCGAGAAUAUUAUUCUGUGUGUUUGACCUUGAGUGCUUUAUGGUGUUGCAUCGUUAGAUUAAUUACAGCACGUAAACACGGGUAAAUUUAGUGUUUAGUGUUUACAUAGUGAUGCAAGUGACCACUGGCUACGAUAUGCACUCGCAUAGCAAAUAUUUGCCUAAAGUUAUACUUACAAGUGUACUUCUAGAUGAGAUAUUGUACAAGCACACUUACACACAUAUUAUAUAUUUACAUUCAUACAUAUACAUAUAAUAUAUAUAUAUAUACGUAUAUACUAUAUAUAUAUAUAUAAUUUAUAAUACAAUUUUCCUUUUUAAGAUUAUUGUUUUUUCUGGUGCUGUAGUGAGCACAUGAUGUGCUUCCAGUAUAUACAUUCCCAUAGUUUGUAACAUAUUUACCAAAGUUUCAAGCGUUUAUGAAACCUUCACGAAUUCAAACACAGGCGAUAAGGACAAGUCAAUAUCAAUAUGAUAUAUGAUAUAUGGUCAUACAGAUCAGUACGAUAGUUAUUGAAAUUAUUGUUUAACUAAGAAGGAGAGUAAGUAAAACGAUUCACGUACAUUGUUUGGUACUUUACCAGUGAAUGUAGAAUCCCGAAAAAUCCAUUAUUGAGAUGUAAUGCUUUUAUCAGGGCAGGCAAUAUGGCACAUCGUGUCUCCGUCACUGUGUUUGUGUAUGUGUGUGUGCGUGUGCGCGUGUGUGUAUAUGCGUUUGCAUGUGCGUGUGCGCGUGUACGUGUAUAUGCGCGUGCGAGUGUAUGUGUGUGUGCGUGCGCAUGUUCACGCGCGUGUGUCUGAGCUAAAAGUCACGGCUGGCUCCACGCAAUUGCACUGAGUUAUUCCUCACUCUUGAUCCUCCUCCUUGACUCCUCCUCCCACUCCACCUCCUUCUCCUCUCCCUCCUCCUUCCUCAUU